UUGACACAUAACUCAGUUUCUGCUCAACCUGUUUAUUAUAACCUGGCCUCAGUCCAAAACCCCGCCUCUUAGAGCUUUAAACAGUUCUGUUUGUUGUGAAAUAGUCACUCUCUGUGUCUCACUGCAGCAGGAAUGGCUUCAAACUUAUGGUCUCAAGAUCAGUUCAGCUGUCCAGUGUGUCUGGAUCUAUUGAAGGACCCAGUCACUACAGCAUGUGGACACAGUUACUGUAUGGGGUGUAUUAAGAACUGCUGGGAUCAGACUGAUCAUACAGGUGUCUACAGCUGCCCUCAGUGCAGAGAGACCUUUACCCCAAGGCCUGUUCUGCGCAGAAACACCAUGCUGGUUGAAGUUGUGGAGAAAUUAAAGAAGACAGGACUCAAUCCUCCUCCUGCUCAAAGUUAUGCUGGACCUGGAGAUGUGCCGUGUGAUUUCUGCACUGGGAGAAAGUUCAAAGCUGUGAAAUCUUGUUUGACGUGCCUGGCCUCUUACUGUGAAACACACGUCAAGCCACACUAUGAGGGGGCUGCUUUCAAGAGGCACAAGCUGAUUAAUGCAAUUGGAAAUCUGGAGCAGAUGCUUUGUGCUGAACACCAGAAGGUUUUGGAGGUCUUUUGUAGAACCGAUCAGGCGUGUAUUUGCUUGUUGUGUACAGACGAAGAACACAAGAGCCAUGAUACAGUCUCAGCUGAGGCAGAAAGGAUUGUCAAACAGAAGCAGCUGGGAGAGACACAGACAGAAAUACAACAGAGAAUCCAGGAGAGACUGAAAGAAAUUGAGGAGCUGAAACAGGCUGUGGAGUCACUGAAAAGAUCUGCAUGCAUAGAAAUAAAGGAAAGUGAGAAGAUCUUUACUGAGCUGAUCCGAUCCAUUGAGAAGAUCCACACUGAGGUUAUUGAGCUGAUUGGAGCUAACGAGAAGGCUGCAGUGAAUCAGGCUGAAGGACGCAUGAAGAAACUGGAGCAGCAGAUUGCUGAGCUAAGGAGGAGAAACGCUGAGCUGAAACAGCUUUCAGAGACAGAGGAUCACAUCCAUUUUCUACAGAAUUUCCAGCCUCUCUGUGCCCCUCCUGAAGCUGGAGACUUACCCAGCGUUACUGUCAAUACAGACAUCUCUUUUGGGGCUGUGAGGAAAGCUGUAUCUGAACUUAAAGACCAUAUUGAGGACUUCUGCAAGGGGGAAUUAGUCAAAAUAACCACAACAGUGAAUGAAACAGCACUUUGUACCCUGGGGUCUAGGAGAAGUGACAGACGUUUCAAAGUGAAUGAAGUUGCAGUUUACAGUCUGCAGGCUCCAGAGCCAAGGAACAGAGCUGAGUUUUUAAAAUAUUCCUGUCAGCUCACACUGGACCCCAACACAGCGAAUAGAGAGCUCUGUCUGUCUGAAGGGAACAGAAAGGUGACACGGAGGAGAGAGACCCAGAGAUAUCCUGAUCACUCAGAGAGAUUUGACAGCCGGUCCCAAGUGCUUUGCAGAGAGGGUUUGUCUGGGACUCGCUGUUACUGGGAGAUUGAGUGCAGUGAGGGAUGGGCUUCUAUAGGAGUCACAUAUAAAGGAAUCAGCAGGAAAGGAGCGGAUCUUUCCUGUCUCCUUGGAUGCAAUGACAAGUCCUGGUGUUUGUCCUGCUCUGAUUCCAGUUACACUGCCUGGCACAAUAACAAUGAAACUGCAAUAACUGCCCCCUGUUGCCCCAGAAUAGGAGUGUAUUUGGACUUUAAUGCCGGCACGCUGUCCUUUUAUGGCGUCUCUGACACAAUGACCCUCCUGCACAGAUUCCAAAACACAUUCACUGAGCCGCUCUAUCCUGGGUUUAGGCUUCAUUGGUUUGAUUUGUUUUCUGAUUCCACUGUAACAAUCUGCCAUCUGAACUAGACUGUUUUGUGUUGUAAGAAACCCUUUGUAUUGAACUCCCUGUCUGUCCUCUCCACUCCUCGGGUGAAGGGAAUGUUCAAUCUGACACAACUUUGAAUGAAAGUUAGGGGGUAAAAUGGCGCCACCUGCAGAGUGAAACAAGGUGAAUUAUUUGGUUUUAGCAACAAAUGGAUUUCAUACGAAAUAACUGUAAUUAAUUAUUUUUUUUUUAAGAAUUGUUAUGUUUUAUAUAUAUUUUAGAAAAUGGCAUCCAAUAGUCAGUGCUGUAACAGUUUUUAAAAAAGUGAACUUAAGUUUGCUUUAUUGUGUGUGUGUUUUUGUUAUUUGAUUUCCAUAAAAUGUUUAAUAUUUCAGAUUUUAGUAAUGUGAUUUAAUAAAAAAAAUUA